UCUCUCUAACGGUUUUUUCUCUCUCUCUCUCUCUAGAUCUCUAUGGCUUCUUUCCACCGCUCUAUCUUUUUCCUCCUCGCCGUAACGGCCGUUGUAACGGCAUUAGCUUCAACCGCCGCCGUCGCCGCCGAUGCCGACAUGACCCGCCUGCAUUUCUACAUGCACGCCACCCUCGGCGGGCCGAACGUGACCACUGUGCGGGUGGUCGAGGGCCCCGCCGCCCUGGCGGACUCCAACUUCGGCGACCUCUACGUGAUCGACGACCCCCUGACCGACGGCCCCGCCCCGACGUCCAUGCUCGUCGGUCGGGCCCAGGGGUUCUACCUGCUGGAUAGUAUCGAGGGUUCUGGAGUGCUCGUGUCGGCGAACCUUGGUUUCGCGGCAAACGGGCCGCACAACGGGAGCACCAUCGCCGUGUACGGCAGCUACGCUGACGAUCAGCCGGAGAAGGAGCUGUCGGUGGUCGGCGGCAGCCGCAAGUUUCGGUUCGCGCACGGCUACGUGCUCAUCAAGACCUACUCCUUCAACGCCACCACUGGAGAUUCUAUCUUAGAAUUGGACGUGUAUGUCACCGCUAACAAAUGAUUAAGAUGACACAUUACUUUGUAUGAAUUUGUUGUGCUUUAUUUGUUUGUGUUUGAAUAAAUGUCAUUGACAUAUGUGUUAAAUACAAAUAUACCUUACCUCUAA